AUGGGGUCGGGGGUGAGUUCGAAGGGUACCCGGGCGACUGUACACGCAGUUGUGGGUACUGUCAGAUUGAAAAAGAAUACGCCUUCUCGUAAGUCUUCAGCGUCAGACGAAGGACAGACUACUCAGGCUGGGGGUUCCAAUGAUAUGGAGGUCGAAGGAAGGUAUUGCUGCAAAAGUAACUCUACUUUACUCUUACUUUUGACUUUUCAUAAUUUAAUUUGGUGAUUGAAUAUUGAACCCGGCAACGAAACUUCUCAAUCAAAAUCAAAUUAACUUUUUUCAUCUAAGGCCAAGUUCAAACGCCGCAUGGCUGAUAUUACCAUUACUGCACAAAAUCAAAGGUUACUCUCAGUUAUUUACAGAAAUGAUCAAGAUCCAAGUUAUCACAAAUGUAAAGUACAAAAGAUAGAUAUAACUGAGUCACUUCAAAUGAAUAGAAAUAAUAGACUUCACCGAAAAAACUCAAAUUUUUACUUACUGAGUCUUGGUAAUUAGACACUGGAGCUUAAAUUGUCAAGAGUCCAUUAGUCGUAAUUUUGUGUCUGAGAUUAUCUACUGAGUGAAGGGAAUUGACUUAAGGUGUUUGCACAACAACAAUUACAAAUCAAAAACCAACAAAUAACCAAAUUAAACUAAAAGCAUAUUUGAAAAAUGUAUCUUUUUAUGAACUCUCAAUAAGUCUCUCUCUCUAAACUCUCACUCAUUUUGCUCGUUUCCUAUGAGCAGCAAACAAAGGUCUUCCUCUUCAAACUUUCUUUGGCAGCUUUAAGAUUAACCCUUUAACUCUCAUAAGUGACCAAGAUAAAAUUUCUCCUUACAAUAUCUAUACAAUAUCAACCAGAUAAGUAAUGAGAAUAAAGAAAAAGAUCACUUUGGGGAUAAUUAGUUGAUCCAAUACUAAAUUCUCUGAACUAACAUUAUAAGAAUUGUAUAGUUGACAGUAAGGAGAAUUACAAAUUUAAUCUGGGAGUUAAAGGGUUAAUAAUCUUACAACUGUGAUUCAAGUCCUUCAUUGAAUUUUCUUAACCCUUUAACACCUGAGAUCUGAUUACUAAUUCUCCCCUCCCGGUGCUACACAUUUCCUUGUAAAUAUUUGCAAUCAUUUGGUAUUAGAUCAAGAUAACAACUUCUACCUGAUAUGUUUAUGUAUUCUCAUUACCUGUUUGCUGGAUAUUAUAGGGAGACAUUACAUGUCAAUCACUUUUGGGAAUUAAAGGUUAAAGAGACAAUAUAAUCAUUCUGUGUUACAGGCAAUUGAAAAGUAACAAGAAGUCUGUUUCUCAGACUUCAUCUACCACCACAAAAGAAUCUUCUAAAAAAGGAAAAGAGAAAGCAAAACCCAGUGAGUCAAAAAAUUCUUCUCCAAAACCUGUUAAGCCAGAAAAAUCUGGUGAUAAAGGCAAAGCAGCUGUAAAUAAAGUCACAAAAACUUCAGAGUCAAAGAAACCAGCAUCAAAAACUGUGCCACCGAAGAAAGCUACAAAUGGUAAUGACCGACAAAAUGUUGCUCGUAAAAGUGUCCAGCUCUCAACUGGGUAAGUUUGAAUCAUAUAAUGUGAUUUAUUUUGCAUGUAUGUUACCGCAGUUUAAAUAAGGUACAUGUAUGUCAUGUCAUUUUGCAGUCAAUAGUUGAGUUUUGUACAAAAGCCAUUUUUGAUUUGUUAACAGGCCUCUGGUAAGAGGUUAUUUUUGCAGUCAAAACAGGCUUAAGUAUCCAGUUCCUUUUAUGAGGAUGUGGCUCAUUUAGAGCAGUUACUAGACUUUGUAAAGAGGUAAACCAGUUUUACUAUGAAUGUAACAAAUUUUCGUAAAGUAAUCAUAGUAGUCAGUGGAUAUGUUUUUGUUUUUCUAGAUCUGAUUUAGGUCAAAGGGUUGAGAGAGUUUUGAGAGGUUUCAUAGAAGAAAACUGCCCUCUGAAUUCAAGGACUGUUCGUAUCUUCCUUAGCUCCACAUUCACUGGUAAGGAAUGGCACUUAACAUUACUUAGCUAAAAGGGAGAUGACUUGAACCAAAUGAGGGAGGAACACACUUCCUUUUAUAUGGUGUGUAGGCUGUAUGGUAUGUUGGAGAUACAGAGUGAUUAUUAAGGUACCGCUAAUGUUUAGUCCAUCUUGUGUUCCUGUGUUGUAUUACAUUAUAAAGAUAAACUAUGUUCAUUGUUUUCUAACUUGUAGACACAGAACAUGAGCGUAAUGCUCUCAUGGAGCAUGUGUAUCCAAAACUGAGACAAUUUUGUGAGAAGAGAGGCUAUGAAUUCCAGGUGAAUCUCAGCUGAACAGUAAUUAAUUACUGUAUUAAAGAUCUUUUAUUAGUUGCUGGAUUCCAUGUAACCAUUUACCAGCCUCAGAGUUGUGGGUAGAAUUCUAAAAUUGAGUAUUUUCUAGAUCAUAGAGCAUAUUCUUUGUUGUAUGUUAUUAAUAACUCAUCCUCAGACUCUGUUACUGAUCAAAACCAAUCUGUCAGUGAAGGGUUUUCAUUUAUAAGAAAUAUCAUGUGAGGGGUAAAAUGUAAUGAAAAAAUAACUGUAGAACAUAAUCCAAGUGUUGGUGAAAAACAGUAGUUUGUAAUUUUUACAAGAGAAAUCUGUGUUGUAGGAAGAGAAUUCUCUGAUCUCCUGAAUGCUUACCAAACAGCCUAAAUGAAAAUAACAUAUGCACUUAAGUUAGACUUCCAUGUCAUGAAUUAUCCAUGCAUAUGUCAGUAUUUGGUUGAUAUUGAAGUUGGUCGCUGUUAGAUGAAGGGUGAGAGAAACUGGAUCAGUAGUCAGUUGAUGUCAGAGAAAUGUUCUUAGCCUUUGGCUAUCAAGGCAUCAGGACUGACAUUGACCAACCAUCAGUCAAUUAAACAGACUUUUUAGUGACAGAUACCCCUCACUACCAGUAAAGGGCAUGAUCUAAUAAAAUGAUUCUUAAUAUGCGAUACUUCUUAUAACAAAUUAAGCACCAAUCUCAUGACUUUUUUGGUUUUUUGUUUUUUUUUUAACUUCAGGUUGUAGACAUGCGCUGGGGAGUACGAGAUGAUGCUACAGAUGCGCACAUGACAACUGAGCUGUGUUUACGGGAAAUCAAAGCCUGUCAAGAAAUCUCUGUAGGACCAAAUUUUGUGGUGAGUAUUUGGAUUGAUCGAAAACUCAUUUUCCUUUCUUUAGAGGUUAAUCAAGAGACCUCUAUUAUAUGCUUUGAAUUAAUUAAUACCUCUUACAUUUAGUAACUGAUUGUCAUUUGAUUUCCACAUAAAAAUAUUCACUGCUAUAACAACAACAACAACAAAAUUUAAUUACCUAGUUAGGAAUCAAAAUACUUAAUUAUCUAACGAUCCCUACCUGCAAAAUAGCAAGGCUAAUUGAGACUGGAGGGAAAUAAACAUUACAACAAAUUCUUCAAUAAAAAGUUUGCCUGAACUAAGGAAAUGACUUAGGGUGUAUUUAAUUUAUACUUUACAAGUGAUUUCUAUUUUGUGGACUUUUCUUUUAACAGACUUUGCUGUCAGAAAAGUAUGGUUAUCGACCCUUAAUGCCAUCAAUUACUGCUCAGGAGUUUGAGUUGAUUCUCAGUAAAGGCUCGGAAAACAAAAUACAUGAACUUCUAACCAAGUAAGAAAGGAACCAGUGGAGAAGGCAGGGAGGCUUAUUUAAUUUAUGCUAGUCCUAGCAGAUAUGAGGUUUUUUUUUUUUUGUAUGACAGCAUUUAAUGUAUAUUUAGAGAAGGCCCUUUUGUGUACACAGGUGGUAAUUCAAGGAUUUACCCUGAUGGGUAAAUGUCCUAAAUUCAUCCAACAGGCUAAAUACUCACAAGGCACUUAAUUUGAUGGCUUUUAUAUCUUUUGGUCAUACAAGUCUGAUAUCAACAGGUUUUUUUUAUGAUUGUAGGUGGUACAAGAUGGAUGAAAACUGUUUUCCUGUAUCAUACAUUCUCCAGCCAGUAACAACUUGGAUACCAAACUUCCUCAAUGAUAGCUGUGAUCUGUCUCAGAAGGAAGAAGCACAAAGAAAGUGGGAGAGUGAAUAUAACAUGAUGAAAGAAUUUCUCCAGCAAGCUGCCAAGGAAGUGUUAAAUGAUGAGGAUAUCUGGCAGAAAUAUGUCAUAUCAGGUAAAUUGAUUCAAAGCAUGCAAUUUUUAUGUUGCAGCUGAAUUUUUAUCUUAGGGAAAAGCUUAUUAAAUUUCUCUGUCUUUCAGCCAUGACUUUAAAUUUUUACCAGCAUUAUGAAACAGAUGAAAUUAUUCAGUUUUUUUCAAAUGUUUAGUUAUUGUCUUUGAGAAUGUUGUAUCACUUUUUAGUUUCUGAGGUGGAAAUUAAACAGGGACUCCUACAAGUUGAAAACCCAAAACGAUCUUGUGUCUGGUUUCACCGUGCAAUCAAUGGUCUGGACUCUGAUUCAGACAACCCAGAAGCGUUGAAAUACACUGAUCAUUGUCCAGGUGGAAUUUGUCUUAAUGAUGGUGCCCAUCCCCAGGCUCUUCUACACAACUUGAAAAAUGAGAAAAUGAAGCAAGCUGUGGAUACUGAAAAUACUUUCACCUACGAUGUUACCUGGACACCAAAUGGUGAGAAUUUUUAAAAUUAUUAUUUAUUCUGUGUAGUAUUAUUGAUCUGAUAAAUGUAUUAUGUGUGGAUUUACAUUUGGGCUUUAUUAAAUGAAAAAUAUGAUGCACAUAGAAUUAUUAAAAUUCACAUUUUUUUCAUUACUCUUGAUUUCUUGGUUUGGAACUUUGUGAAAUUAAGUACAACUUCCCUGUUAUAUUCGCCAAACUUUUCAUGUCCUAAUGAUGGUCAUAGUUACACUGUAGUUUGAUAUCUAAGCAGCUGUCACGGCCAGUGAAGGUAAGUGAAGUAUGAAUCCCUUUCAUUAGACCUGUAGGUUUUAUUACUAUGCCAUGCAAGAAUUUCAUAUUGCUAAUUACCUUUACUGAUUUAAUUUUUUAAAACCCAUGUCAAGAAAAGUAAGUUUCUGCAAAAAGAAAUUCUGUGUUGUCUGAAUCAGUUUCCCCCCCCCCCCCAUAUGAAAAAUGGGGCAACUGUCCCAUAUCCCAGUUUUACCAGCAAUGAGGCAGCCUCUCCCCACCCCCCUGCCACUCAAUGGGAUUUUUCAUGUACAUGUAGUUCAUCACAUGACUAACAAAAUCAGUUGUUUUUAUCUUAAGGUAUUGAUCCCAGUAUUGAUGAACACAAGAAAUAUCUUGAUCAGUUUUGUGAAGACUUUGAGAACAAGAUAAAGGACAUGAUAUCAGCGGGUAUUUCUGAGCACAAAGAGGCUGAAAAAGACAAUUUACUGUACUCUGAAGUGGUGCAGCACACUCUGUUCUGUAAGAGAAAACUUCAAGUUGUUUAUGGAAGAAAGUCAACCGUUGGGGUAAAAACAUUGGAAUUACUAGUCAAGAAUCAAUGAUCCUACUGUAGAAGCUCGCCAGCUAAAACUUGGUUAACUCAAACUUCCUGUUGACUCAAAUAAAAUCAGAUUUCCCCUGGAUUUGGCCCUUUUUUUUAGUCAUUUACCAGCUUAAGUUGUUGUAACUAACAUUUUCGCCAUAUUACCGUCAUCAUCUUCCUUUACCACUGUCACGGUCCUCAUUACUCUAAUGAUUGGCAUAUGAUUAACCUCAAAGGGUUUUUGCACAUUCAUGGCUCACUUAAAGCCCACCACAAUAAGGUUUCCAUGCUGUUUACACAGAGGCAGACAUGUGGUAACUUCAAUUCAUUAACCUAUAGGAAAUUGAAGAUUAUGUCAGGAGUCCAAGUAGGUACCCCCUGGUGAUUCAUGGAAAGUCUGGUUGUGGCAAAACGUCCGUUAUUGCCAUGGCAGCCAAGUCCAUAAGUGAACUGUUGGAUCAGAAAGGUUGUAUAUGUCUCAGGUAAUAAAAAAAUUUUUACGUUCAUAUUAAGUACUUCCCUAACAAACACUGAAAUGACCACUGUAACAGAACUUGUUCUCAUUUGGGCUUUUUGGUUUGUUUCACAAUGAAAUUGUGACAGGGGAACGCACACUUUCCACUUUCAAGCUGAAGACUUGGUUUAGCCUAUACUAAUACAAUGGAUAGCGUUGAAGACGCGCUCUUAUUGGCUACUCAGACUCUGAAUAUCCUUUGUUCUUCACCCCCAUGCAACGCGCGCGGGAUUUGCGGCCGAAAAUAUUGUACUCUUUGCAGGAAUAAAUGAGUUAAAAUUCUCUUUUUGCGAAAGAAAGCAUCCAUUCACCUUCACUUAAGUGAAUAGUUGUUAAUUUUUUGAGAAAAAUUUCUCUUUCUGGCUUCACCGCUUUUCCUUCACCAAUAAUCUAAACUUCAGAAAAAAUUACAGGGAAUCUUCAUUUAUUGUUGACUAAUUAAUAGUGUUUUCCUGAAAGUAAAUUACUGACUCAUUGGUAGUUUGCAAGAUAAUUUAUUUUAAUUAUCUCGUGUUGAUAUUUUCAUUAUUAUUAUUAUUAAUAUUAUAUCUAUUGUUGUUAUCGUUAUUAUUUUGUGUCUAUUACACAUUGAUCCUUCACUUGUGAAACAGUUAAAGUUAUAAGGUAAAAGUUUAAUAUUUAUCAAUUUGAAGGUUUCUUGGCACAACACCCAAAAGUUCCACCAUCCUCCGUGUACUGAAGUCGAUCAUGCAACAGAUCAAACACGUCUACGGGCUGACAACGAAAAUUCCUCGUGUGAGUAUCAAGCGCUUCGGGGGAAUACUUCAGAUCCAAAGAUAUUCAUGUUCAUUUGAUAUAGCCAGUAGGCAGGCCUACAUAAACGCUUCAGCGCGAAGGUUUCUUCGCCGGCGAGAAAGGAUUGAGGUCUUGAUCUACACGAGCUGGCGAGAGGUCUGGAAAGGAUUUGGUACUGAUAAUUAUUAGUGUCAGACCCCAGGCAAUCCUCUCCGCGACUCUUCUCAAAUCUUUCUACGAGCGGAGAAAUGCGUGUCCUGCGGUAGCUUACGUGUAGCUGUACCCCCCCCCCCCCGGCCUGGUGACAGAGUGCACUUGGUCCGCCCCUAAAAACGGUUAAGCAGAGUAAACUUUCCGCCCCCAAAGAAAAAAAUUUCUGUUGACUUUAAGCAAUAAACCUGAAUUAUAUGGGUAUACAGGCAAAUGUGCGAUAGAUUUUUGACCAAUCAGAGGGCUCGUUGAUUCUAGAUUAUGUGAAAAUAUACAGAUUUUAUUUUGAGCCCUUGUCGUGUUCUUGGACAUAACUUUGGAUAGUAUCUGUAUUUUUGCCGUUAAACUCGGCAUCUAAUUUAGAUUUCAUCGCCACCAAAACUCUCAACUCGUAUUGAGGGUCCUUCUCCUCUCCUUGAAAAUAUGAUCCUGUCCAUGGCUUCCCUUCAAAAUAAUAAUAUUUUUAAUACCAAUUCGUGAAAUUUGAACCCGGAAAAUGCUUUGAUUGUCCCUCUCUCGUUAAAGCUGGUGAAAUUCUUAACAAGAUCUCAUUUCUGACUGCAUUGAUUCCAUUUUUAUCGUAAUUUUUUUUUUAUUUCAGUCGUCCAAGGGAGUGUUUGAUCAGUUCCCAAAUUUUUUGUCCAGCGCUACAAAAGAUAACCCAUUGAUAAUCAUCUUGGAUUCUUUGGAUCAACUUUCUCCACUGCAUGGUGCUUGGAAAUUAAUUUGGUUUCCAAGGCAACUACCUCUACAUGUAAAGUUUAUAGUAUCUACUCUUCCUGAUCAAGAAUACAAAUGUUUUCCAAUUCUUAAGGUGAGUUUAUCCGGAAAUUGAAGUAUUAUACGGACCCCAAACUAAAACAUAUAUCAAAUUAUUGAUACACAUUUUAAGCAAGCCAGUAGGAGUAAAUCAAAAGAGAGCAAGAAUCCAGAAUCGAGAGGCAGUUAUUGAUCUGAACAACUUGUAAUCGAGUGUUAAAAGGAAUCCUGAAAUGAUUUGAGAUUUAUUUGGCUUUGCUUUACUUCGCUUUAUGUUGGGUCGCGGAAAAUCGCGUUAAUCCCGUACUUCCGAAUGAGAAUCUUGUUCUGAUCGACAAUUGUGAUUUGUGAUUUUUUUUCCCGAAAUUGGCGCAAUCAUGCGCUAAUUUUCCUGAACUUCUGUCCAGCUUGUUCAUUUAUCAUUUUUAUAUCUCAGGCUCUCUUCAAACAUCCAAAAUGUUUCGUGUCGGUCCCUGAACUGUCUUCAGAUGACGUGAGUGACAUAUUGACCAACUGGCUGAAGUCUGAAAACAGGACCCUCCAGGACCGUCAGUUGCAGGUGCUCAAAGAAGCCUUCAAAAAGUGUCCCCUUCCUUUGUUUCUAAAGAUCUCGUAUGAUGAGACCAGACUUUGGAGAUCAUAUUCCACUAUCAGUGAAACCUGUUUAGAAACGACCAUACGAAAGGCUAUUGACAAGCUCUUGGAAAGAGUCGAAAUAAGCCAUGGUGAGGUUCUUGUACGACGCGCUCUUGGAUAUAUUACAGCAGGUAACUUUAAUAUAAUUCCGUAGAUUAUCUUGGGUAGAUUAUCUUGAAAUUUUCCGGCAAAGAUGAAAAAUCAUUACAGGAGUUAGGAUGGAAAGGCGAGUUUUUGGUGGUAAACAGCGGACUAUGGGAAGACAUCGAUGACAGGCCCACAAGUCGAGAAAACGGAUGGAAAUCCAUACUAAAGGCAUGUCUGCAUAGCAGACAUUCAAACACUAGUGGCUCCUUGCGUUGCAUUCUCUGGUGAAAAGUCGUGAGAAAUUGGUUUUGUUUUGUGCUUUAGAGCGCAUAUUUACGGAGUGGCUCAAAGAGCAAAGAAAUCACGGCGGCCAUUCAGAGCAAAGGACAGUAACUCAAGGAGCCAAUCACAGACCUUCGUCGAGCGAAACCGGUGCAAUGGAUUAGUUAGGACGGUGAAGUGUACACUGUCUAUUUGUUUAUUCUUUACUUCUUUGCGUAAUAAGAUUAUUAUCUCCCUUUAUAUCCAGCUUCUCUUGGUCUCACUACAAACGAACUCGAGGAUAUCCUGUCUUGUGAUGAAGACCUACUCCAUGACGUUUUUCAGUACUGGACCCCACCGAUCAGGCGUCUCCCCCCCUUGCUGUGGGUCAGAAUAAGGGCGGAUCUCUCCUCUUACUUAGUGGACAGGGGGGCGGAUGGAACUCAGGUUACGUGUUGGUAUCACUGUCAGUUUAUUCAGGCUGCGGAAGACAGAUACUUGUCAGAUGCAGUGGAGAAGAAGCGUUUACACACCCAUAUUGCUGAUUACUUCUUGGGAAGAAAUUACGUUGGUAAGUAACCAUGCUGGGGUAAUUCCUUUUAGAUAAAAGCUGUCGAAGCUUUUUAUAAACCAGCAUAAUUUUGAAAUAAAGAAAAAGUGCCCUUGCGUUUAGAUUCUAGCAUACAAGUCACGCUUUUGAAGUUUCAGUUCGUAUGCAGAGUAAUUUAACACCAGAGUUAACACCAUUGUGUUAAGCACUAACACACUGCGAAUGUCAUAGUAAAUCAGGGAAACCAAAGGGAGUUACAUUAGGUAACGUGAAACAGCACCUGUUAGGUGGAAACUCCGCGGUUUCUCGUCAAGAAACGUUGUUUUUGUUUACAGAGGAAGACACCAAAGAAACGACCCUGAUUCACGGCAAGCAAGUGCGUUUAGCGAGUAUUUCAGGACAGCCCCUGUUAUUAUCCAAAGGUCGUUACAAUUUAAGAAAACUUCAUGAACUUCCCGUACAACUGAUUCGCAGCCAGAUGCUAGAUGAGCUAAAGAGUGAAGUUCUCUGCAACUUUGAGUGGCUAAGUACCAAGAUAGAAGUGCGCUCAUUGAGGUAGGAAAGGAGAUUAAAAAAAAAACCCUUAAUUUGUUGUAGCCAGCGAGCCUGCCCUCAUCAUUACGCUGCGGGGAGCAUUUCUCCGCCUGCGGGAAGAUUCGGGACGAGUCGGGAAGAGGUUUUUCAGAGGUCUGGCGCUAAUGAUUAAAUAUGUUAGACCAUUCCUAGACCUCUCCCCAGCUCGCCUUCCCCAAGACCUCCGCUCGUGCCGAAGAGCUAUUGACGAGGAACUGCUCGCAAGCUAACUGCGUUGGAGAUAAUAUAUGCGAACCUUGCUAUCACAUCUGCUGCAAUUUUUUUUUUUCACCAGUGAUACAGCAAUAAUUUUUUGUUUGUCAAAUUUAAAGGUCGGUGCUGGAUAAUUUCCAUUCCGCUAUGAACGCUUUCAAUGAUCCAGACAUUGCCGCUGUUGCAGAAACUCUCCAACUCGCACAAGACGCUAUUUUGAGCGACCUCAACCAAUUACCAGCGCAGUUUGUAGGCAGGCUCUACGAGGUAAUGCUCUCAGUGUCCUAUUUGCAGCUGUAAUCAUGGUUUAUUCUGUCUUUCGUUUGCUGUACGAGAAGAUAUCUUUAUAUCCGAAAGAAUAUCUUCAUAAUCCACAACGUUUUACACGCUGAUCUAACGAUUCUUUUGCCUAUUUUUUACAUCAAAGAGCCUGAAUUUCCUUUCCAUUCGCAAUUCGACACGGUAUUGUUGUAUCUCUUAACUUCGCAUGCUUAUUUCUCAAGAGAUUAUUUAACAUAUUCUAAAUCUUUUGAUUUUGAAGCUUUCGUAUUUCCCUUAGGUUCCGUUUCGUUUGUUUAAUUUAGUACAAUUGGCCUCUGUAAGCUUUUCAACACUUAUGUGGGUAUUUUUUGGUUUUGUUUCAGUGUAAAGUGCAGGAUCCAUUUCAUGUUGUUCCAACCAAUCUAUCCCUGGUAAGUGUGUGACUCUAAGCAAAUCAGUGCCUUCAUUGUAAGGUCAGUCACAUAAGUAACUGAAUACUUGUUUUUUUUCUUGGCUUGUCUUUGGUUAUAUUCUUUUCCAAGUAUGUCCCCGGUAACUUUUUUCCCGUGCUCGUCCACGGUAACAUGUUACCCUUGCGUGUCUUUGGUUGGUUACAUGUUUUCCCGCGCAUGUCAGCGCUCAAAUGUUUUUCCGCUCAUGUAAGCGAUUUAUAUCUUUUCCCGUGCAUGUCACUGGUAUGUUGUCCCGCGCAAAUCACUGGUUAUAUGUUUUCCCGCGCUUGUAAUUGGUUGCACGCUUUCAUCAUCAGGUCCUAGCCAAACUAGUCCAGGAUUCUCGCAACCCUCCAGAGCCGGCACUCAUACCGUCCAGAGGUUUCUUAACCCCCCCAGGCGGACAGUUGGUUCACACACUCGUGGUUAACUCCGCUAGUGUGUUGUAUGGAUUGGCGGCAACUAGCAACGGAAAAUACGUUGUCACAGGUAUUUUACUUUCCUUACUCGCUAGCAUUUCGUAGUUUAAAAAUCAACUCCAAUUCUCUUAACAACCCCAUUGGAGACACUAUUUCGCCCUCAUCCUGAAAUUCAGGAGGGGUUGCUUGUUUAACUUAACGUAACUCAUACUAAACAUCUAUUAAACAACGACAAUUCCAUUUUUUUUUUAUUCAGGUUAGUUUUUAAACGUGGACUAUAAAUCCUACUUUUUCUACCAAUCGUUUUUUUUUUUUUUAACUGUAAAUAAGAUCCCAGCUAAUCGUUUUUUUUUUGGUGUAGGCUCACAAGAGGGAGUCGUUAAGGUCUGGGACAAUAACGACGGCUCGUUGUUCCUGACCGUUCCGGAGGCUGGGGAUGAGAUUGGAAUGAUCACGUGUGGUUGUGACGAUGACGUCAUCAUCGUGUCUUCUAAGACUGGAAUUAGUUUGAUCUCGUUUGAAACUGGAGAAAUACUUCAAAGGUGAUAUUUGAUUGCAGUAGUUAUGUUUUUGCCAUGUUAGUCAUAACAUAGCGGUGUUUUCAAUUUUUUACAGUCGAUGGUAAUCCGUGAGUACAUUGGUUUUACUUUAAUUUUCUCUGUCAUUGGUCCAGAAAACAUGCACCACCCUCACAAUAUAAUCAUUGGAUUCAGAAUUCAAACCCUUCACUCCCAGGUCAUUUACCUUUUCCCCCGCUGCGUGCUGUUUCCGUGUUUUUACUUUGAAUUUUUUUUUUUAUCUUUGUGAGAACAGUAUCAAUUGAUCGUCGAAUAACCGAAACCAAAGUGAUCACUACGCCUAAUCAUAACAAAAGAAAACGUUAUCGUUAGCCGUUGAGAACUCAUAGUAAAACAGGCAAACUAUCCGGCAAAAGCGCGGGAAAACGCGCGGGAAAACGCGGGUGUUCUAGCCACGAUUAGUAGUCGAUUUGCGUCUCAAUGGUGGAGAGAAUGGUGCGAGUUUCCUGGACCAAUCAGAGAGCGAGGCAAAGCAAAAACAACUCAAUUGAAAAUUGCUCUAUAAUCCUACGUUAUGAUUAUAUUAACCGACAUCUUACCAACUUAAACUUGUCGCAACUUAUGGACACGCUUUUUGAUCUAAGAUUCAGUUGCUUGUGAUUUUACCAAAGUUAUGGACGUAACAUAACUUGGUUUUUUUCCUUUUCGUGAAUUUGAAUAAUAGAGUGGAAGUCAAAUUCUUUGAGGGUUGUCCUCCGUUUACACUAGCCGGGGAAAAGGGAUCUAAAGUGGUCUUCCUCAAAGAAAAAGGUUUACACGUCAUCUCUGCUUCCUCUGGAAAGUUUUUGCACCAAUUUUCAAGCAUCUUUCCAGUCGGUGGCGCAGGUCAGAACAGUUUACUAACCUCCUGGAACGACACCGUAAUAUGUAACUCAAAAGAAGAUGAAAACUCUUUGAAGGUGAUCGAUACGUCUGACUACAAAAUUCUUCAUGCGAUAAAGGUUUUCAGUGAGAAGGACGAAGAAGAAUUCCUUCAUCUUACCCAAGUAGCAAUGAAAUCUGACAAAGAAGUCCUUGUUGCCAAAAAAAUGAAGAUAGAUUUGUACUCGGUCGACAGUGGUGAGCAUUUGCGAACAUACAAAUGCAAAAUAGACGAUUGGAUUCGAAACUUGUCCCUGGACCCCGCCCAGAAUAUGCUUGUGUUUCCUAAAGAAAAUAAAGUCGCCCUUCUUGAUCUCGAAAGCGGCGAAAGAAAAGAUGUCCUACCCCACCCUAACUUCGUUUCGAGGGUUUUUGCUGUCGGCUAUGACGUCAUUUUAACAUCGGGCGGCGACAAUGUCGUCCGAGUGUGGGACUUGACCCGAGAAGAUGUCCAUCAACAAGUAGAAAAACCCGAGACAGUAUUGAACAUUUAUUCCAUUCCUGGUGAUUCUCGACACCUGGUAACGCUGGGACGAUUAGGGAUUGACAAUUUCUGUGUGACCAUAUGGGAUUUAGCGACCAUGUUACCACUACGCAAAGUAACUGGUAUAACAACGAGUUACCUUCAGAUCAUCAACGACAGAAGAGCUGCUAUUCGCGUCAAAGAAAACGUAGCAAUUGUGGACUUACAUACGUGGAGGGUUGUCAACGUCCUUAAAGGAAAAAUCCCUCCUUAUGAUUUCCUCGGUGUGGACGAUGUCUGUGUUGUGAACGAUCACACUGAAAUCCUUACCUACUCACACGAUCGUAAACAUUUGACGCUAUACGACAUCGAAACGGGAGACCAAGUGGCCAUGUUAAAAUCAGGCCAUGAUAUCCGUUCAUUUCUGGUGAACUCAGAAGGAACAGUCGUCGUAUGGGAUGCACCCAAGCCGGCCGACCAAUUGCACGUGUGGGACUUGGAGACUAGAGAGCAAAUUUUUGUUAUCAAGAGGGAGGGGUGUGAGAGACUAACACUGACACACGCUGGCUUUACACCGGACGGUGACUAUUUUGUGUCCAGUGCGAAGAAAGGGAAAAAAGAGAGCUAUAUCCGGGUUUCGGCGGUGUGGGAUGUGAGGAAAAGUGAGUAUGACUAGGUACUUUUCUUUUCCUCACGAUAAUUUAUCACAUGGUUUAGAUAACCGACUUGCUAUAAACGUGCACGGGACGAUGCCUCAGGACCUGCUAAAGCGUUUCGAAGUGCUCAAGAAAUGCAGAAACAAAUUUGACUGUUUAGUGUACGAAAUGCUUUUUAUAAGAGCUUUAAAGCCAAAUCUCAACGUGCAAUCAGACUCCAUUCGGGCGAGUGUAUAUUAUGUUAAUUUUUCGCGCCAAAAUCGCUUUAAAUGCUGUAAUUUGCAUUAUCUUAUAUAUUUUUACCUUGAUAAUGGAGUCAUGACUACUCCGAAACGUCGGAUUGUAUCGUUCGUUUUUACCGUUUUAUGUUUAAACAUAAAAGUGUGUUUUAAAAUUUCAGAGGAGUUACUGCACGAUUUGCGUUACCCAAAUGAUACAGACACAAUCUCUCUGACAAUUUUGGACAACACCCGAGUGAUAACAGCACACAAAGAUUUGAACAUUGUUUGUUGGGAUAUCGAGGAAGGUAAGCUCUCUUGUCAUGGGGCAUGAAUUCGAGUAUCAUAGAAUAUCUCUCGACUUAGUCCAUGGGCUUCCCCGGCCGCGUAAACCUGGGCCCUGUUGUAAGCUGCAACAUCACUGAUAGACUCUCCCCUGACUUCCGCGGGUAGUAUUUAUUGAGUUCAUGUGUCAUCUUUUAAUCCUGCCAUUUAUCUCUCUAUUAAAUAACUUUUUGCUUGUUUUUCUCGCAAUCUAGGAACCCCUAUCCAUAUUCUUCCCAGCAACCAUUUCAGCAAUUUGCGAAUUAACAUCAUGGCUUCCAAAGGAGACAUCGUGGUUUCUUAUGACAAAAAGACGCUGAUCAUGUGGGACAUGAGAGCGGGCGCACAGAAGGCGACAUUCACCGCAGAUAAGGUAAGACGUGCUCCCACUGAGGUGCAAAAAAUGCUGUUAUUUAGUCGUUCCCAGUAAUCUACGUUCUUUUAAAUAUCAACGACGGAAGUGCUCGAGAGAUGCGCAGGGCAAAAUGGGAGAAACCAAGUUUCUUCUUUCUCUCCUCUACCUACCCAUCGUUCCCUCCUUCGUGGUAGUGCUCGUCUCUUGUGGCCCCGCCGGGGUCGCGAGAGACUAGCCGACUAGACUAGCCGGUGGCCGUGUCUGAAAAGGAAGAGACGACGACGACGAAGACGAGUUAGACGCAAUGAAGUUGAUUUGCUUCUCAUGUAUUCAGAAGGCAGUUAUGUCUGAUACUGAGGAAUGAUGCGUUCUUUUGAGCUCAAAUUUGAGGUCAGCUAAAAACUUUACCAGUUUUGAGUCUAAUUGUAAGCUGUAUUCCUUAGAAAGCACUUUGCGAGGUGUUGAAAGACCCGAAAACGCUUUCAACCUCUAUGCAUGUGGACAAUUCCUUUUCCUCAAUUUUGCAGGUGACAGCAAUUCAUCCCGUGGGAGAGGGUCAGUGUAUUGCGCUUGGCUAUGAAAGCGUAUUGCCAUUAGUGCUUCUUACUCUCCAAGGAGGAGACGUAAAGCCGUACGAAUUUCCCACGGAGGGUACCAAGGCCAUCGCUGGAACAGGUAUGGUACAAAUAUAACGUUUUUGAGAUUUUCACCGGUCUUGUUUAACUUUUAGGUUUUCAAAGAAAGAUAUUUUUCGUCUUUUCACGAGCGUGGAACAAAGAAAAAAUUGUGAUUCCCCAUGAGGAAUCGAACCCCAGACCUUCGGAUUCCGCGCUCCGACGCUCUAACCACGAGCCACAGAGACUCCAAGCUGAGCGAGUUCUAUAUGACACGCGUCCUGCAUACUGCGAGGAUCAGCAAUGUCGAUAGCGUAAUAUUUGUAGAUGGAAAUAAGAGAGAUAACUUCGUUAUAGACCUCGCUCACCGUGGGGUCUCUGUGGCUCAGUAGUGGAGCGUCGGAGCGCGGAAUUCGAAGGUCUGAGGUUCGAUCCCUCAUGGGGACUCAGAAUUUUUUCUUUGUCCCACGCUCGUGACAAGACGAAAUGCAUCUCUCUUUAUUUCUUUACCGAGCUCAAAACUUACCAUCUCUCUUAUUUUUAGAUUUUUGUUGCACGAACUGUGCAAAUGUGAGAGUUACAUACUUUGAAACGUUCCCUUUCGGACUUUUAAAUAUGUUCUAGUGUAAUUACUUCCAUGACGUACUUCACCUGACCCUAUGUUGAAUUUCGUAGACAUGUGGAUAGAGUUCGAGGGCGUCAAAGGUGACAUUGUUGCUGAUGAAGAUGAGAAAAUAAGCGAGGACGAAAACGAGACAAUUGAGCAUUGAGGAGAAAGUAGAGCAUGGGUCAGGGUCAUUGCGUGAUUGAUCGGCUGAACGAGACUUGACAAUUAACAACAGAAGGCACUACGAAGGAAUUGUAUGAAAUGUUGAAAAGGCGCAUUGCAAAUGGACAAACGCGGAAGAAAUGAUCAUCGCACUUAUUUAAACCUAAAACAUAAUUAUUUAAGAAAACAAGACUUAUUUUUAAAGUGGUAACUUGCAAGAGAGGGGGCCGUAGGUUUGUCAGUGAUGGUAUUUCUAUUACGCUUUCCUCUCCUAAAAUAAGGUCUCUAACUUAUUUAUUUCGAGGAGGUUUUUUUCUUGAUUUCCUUCUGGAGUUGUCUUCGGUGUUGAAGACAUGUUUAGUUAUUGGUAUUUAUUUUCUCCGUGGCCACCAAAGCUACGGUUGUUCUCACCGUUUGGUGAUUGAGAUUUCUCCAGUUCAUGUAAAUAAAAACUUUUAGGUAAACUUCCGCAGACGAAGGUAGAGGAAGAUAUUAGGGUUAGGGCUCAGAAAGGAUCUCCUAUCUUGUGAGGGCCUAGUAAAACUAAUGCAAAGAAAUAAUUUAAAAUAGUUUAAAACAUUUUAGAAAUUUUAGUGUGAAUUUAUUCAACUUAAUUUAUUUUUGAUAAGAUCGUCGCCCGAAGGAAUUCUAACUUAGUGAGUAUCUAGAACAAGUUUCAUAUUGUAAAAUAAAUGAAUGGUUUUCUUCCAAACGAAAGUGACCAACAUCAUCACGAUAUAUUACAUUUCCUUACAGAAGAUAUUUUUACUAAGUCUGGAAAAAUCUCCGCCUGCUCUAUAUUGAUCUAAUUUCAAUAUUUCUGCACGUCGACAAACACCGAAAGUCGCAGUCUGUGUAUGUCUAGAUAGUUUAAGCUUCAUCUCCGUUUUUUUUCUUGUGAAUCUUAUUCACCUUGAAAUAAGCUAAAUCUCCUCAUUCCUUUCAUGUCUUCCUGUCUCUUUUUAGUUUGUCCAUUUUGAA